AUGGCGAGCGUUGCCGCCGCACCAGCAGGUGCUGGCACUUCUGCUUCCCACCCGUACACUUGUAACACGUGCCAAGUUGCCUACCGCAACAUCGACUUGCAAAAGGGUCAUAUGAAGAGUGACUGGCACCGAUACAAUCUGAAGCGCCGUGUUGCUUCUCUUCCACCGAUCUCGUCCGAAGUAUUUAGCGAAAAGGUUCUCCAAGCUCGUGCAACUUCUAGUGCCGAAGCUGAAAAGGCUUACUUCGAGGCCAAAUGCGAGCCCUGCAACAAGACGUACUAUAGCGAAAACGCUUAUCAAAACCACUUGCUCAGCCAGAAGCACAAGACCAACGAGACAGCCUCAGCAGGCCCACAACGCCGACAAGAUGACGAGGCUACGUCCGUGAUCAGCUCUACCUUCUCUCUGGGCGAGCCCACGUCGGUGGCUAAGCACGAGCUUGACUCAGACGCCGAAGACGAGUUCAACCAGGUCAUCGAAAGUCUCCAAAACGCCAAGGUUUCCGCCGAGCAGCGCCCUUCACCAGUGAGCAGACCUUCCAACCCUAAACCCACUGCCUCUGGUGCCAACAGAGACGGUGCUGGUGACGAAGAUUCAGAGUCAACGACACCUUCACACUCUGUCGCUGAACCUACUUGGACCUUGAAUUCCUGCAUCUUCUGCAACUUCGAGUCUCCCUCACUGCCACUCAGUGUUCAGCACAUGGAGCGCUUCCACGGAAUGUUUAUUCCUGAGCGGCCAUACCUCGCCAAUCUGGAGGGUCUGGUAAAGCAGCUGCAGCGCCAGGUCAGCGAGUAUCACGAGUGCCUGAGCUGCGGCAAAAUGAAGUCCACAGUGUUUGGCGUUCAAACACACAUGCGCGACAAGGGCCACUGCAAGAUCCCCUUCAGCACCGAGCAAGAACAGCUUGCUAUUGGUGAUUUUUACGACUUCCGAAGUACAUACUCCGAUGAUGAAGAGGAUGACGAGGACGAAGCAUCUGACACAGAGGAAGAAGAGCGUGGUGGGGCCAAACUCGGUUCAAGAAGGAAGGCUAAGCUUGUUGAUGAGAAUGGGGAGGAACUCGAUGGAGAGGAGGACGGCGAGGGCUGGGAAACUGACAGCUCCGCCUCGUCUCUUGAUUCCGCCGAUCUGACGGCCGUUCCCGCCGAAGGUCAUAUUCACCAGUAUGAGCGCCUUAAGAGACACCCUCAUCAUUCAACCCGGGAUCCUCGGAAUCACCGGCAGGCAGAUGGAUGGCACUCCCGGGCACACAAACACACGCACGCCGCUUUCUAUGAUGAUUAUGAGCUACACUUGCCCACUGGCAAGUCUGUUGGUCACCGGUCACUGAACAAAUACUUCCGCCAGAACCUCAACAAUUAUCCGACGCCAGAAGAGCGGGCCGAGCGGCUCGCCAUUGAAGGCGCCGAGUCUGGCGAGGAGGGCCAUACCAAGGAUCGCAGCAUCGUUCUUCGCAACGGUCAGCGAUUUAAGAGGGAUGUUGUACCCCGAGGAACUGUUGGCUUGGCUAAUGUGUCGGACGAGAAGAAGCGGGCAGUCCGCAAGUCGGAACACCGCGGCCGAGACUUGGAGCAGUUCAAUACCAAGAGGACGGAUUGGAUGUAUGGCAAGAGAAACAACAACCAAAAGCACUAUUACUACCGCUUUGAUGGCGGUGGUUAG